UAAAGUGUUUCAAUAGUUUUAAAGAAUAAUCUUCUUUUAAUUAAAAGGGAACGGACCCAGAGAGUAUACAGUGUGUAUGAAAAUAAAUAUACAGCACGUGUGGAAAUUAUUCUAACUUCAUUCAGCUCCGCCCCCUUAAUUGGACUUCGACUGCAGUGGACUAGUUAUGAAUUGGUCGUUCAUUUUUGUUCCUGAUGAAUUCUCAAAUUCUCAACUCUUUUUUUUUACUGAUGGCUAACCAUGCAACUUGGGAAACAUAUCGACUAAAAUAGAAUUUCGGAAACCAGCGCCAGUUUGAAUUUGGGAGGUACCUUAUCGUGUUGGUAAGUGAUUGAAAGGAAAAGAGAACUGGUCGAUAUUUGACAAUCAUGAAGAUCAGCAAGAGUGAGGAUGGAUUAACUUAUUUCAUCAAGUCUGAAGGGUUUUCUUAUGGUGACUUCAAUAAAGCUGCGAAAGUGGAUGUUUGGAGAUUAGUCAAGCACUUUGAGUUUAGUAGGGCCAUGAUUGUAAGGCUCUCUUUGAGAAGAGAUUUUCAGAUUGAUUCCGGCUUAAGUUUUUUUUUGAGUUACCAAACUUUGGAAAUCUCUCCAGAUUUUUAUGACAGAGCAGAUGUGUCUUUUCCAUGGUGCAUGAAGAUUAAAAUUAGUUAUGUGGGAAAGACCUCUUUCUGGUUCAAUGCUGCUACAUGCUGCCAGAAGACGGGCAAGAUACUCGCUCAAAACUUCUGCCAGGCAGUAAGGGUCAGUCUAGCUUCACGACGACCGAUUGAGCUUCCUGCCAAAGGUGCAGACAAGUACAUAGCAUCGACAUCCAAGAACCCACCCCAAAGAUUCACCUUUCCACAGAUCACUCCUAGAAGGGAACAAUCAUUUACAUAUACCACCAAAGCUCUACCAAGUGACACCGACUCGAAUAUCCAUGUAAACCAAUCAGUAUGCUUUAGGUAUUGCCAUGAUGGUGCCAGCCUAGCUGCAUUACAAGGUAAUAUCUUCAGCAAAUUCUCUCAAGAUUUUGCAUACUAUAAUGUAAAGACAUUCUCUGUGGAAUAUGUUGGAGAGAUGAAUGCAGGUGAUGACAUUGAUGUCCAAUGUUGGGAAGAUGAUAAAAACCAAUGUGUUUUGUACUUCAUUAUUAGUGUAAGGGAUAAAGUCGCCUGUAGGUGUCAAGGAGAAUGGUAUACUAACCCAGAUGGUGAUAUUCUUUCAAUGAAAGGAAAGUUGAAUAUAUGUCUCAAUGCAAAUCUGUAGUUAUCAGAUAAUGUUUCAAAUCAGUUGUCCAUAUAUAAUGUAUUGCUUGGAUGAAGAAAGACAAUUUCUUAAGCAUAUUUUCACUCAAGAGUUAGCUAAAAUGUGAAGUACAAUGUGAAGUGUCAUUUUUUCACUCUGGGGAUUAGAGCUAAAUAAUCUUGAAAGUUUACUUUGAAGAAAUUAAAAACACCAAUGUCGCUAAGAACUGAUUAAUUUUACAUGCGUUAAAUAUUCAAAAAGUGAUUUAGGCAAUGCACCAUUGUGGAACAUUUUUUCUAAUUUCUGCAUCAUAUUUAUACAUUUGAUUCAAAUGUUUGUAAAAUUUACAUUAGAUUAAAUUGUUCAGCCAUUCACCAAAGCGUUAUGCUGCCCUCUGAGGGAAUUAGUUUUUAAUUGAAGUUGGUGUAUGUUCAAGUGUUGACUGUUAUCCCUUUUUGGGCUGCCAUCUUGAUAACCUGAGUAUAUAAUACUGUAAAGAAUUGUUAGUCCUGAAUAUUGAAUUUGGCAGUCGCUUUUAAUAUUGUGGUGGCAGCGGUGGGAUCAGACCCAUACCAUCGAGCUGACUGCUAAAUACCUGUAUUGUGAUUAGCAGUUUAAUGUCAUUUAAUGUCAUUAGUGCAAACAGUACACUCUUUAACAGUACAUCUAAAGUAAAUUUGUAGUGUAUGAGUUUGUUUUUAUUUUCAUUGUAUAAUUCAAAGCGGCAUUUUGGAUGGUAAUUGAAUUAUUCCCAGUAAAAAAAAUAAUGAAGGGAGAACUCUGCUCGAAGGAGACCUACAAUUGCUAACAUAUUUUCCUCAAACUUUCACCGAUCUGUUUCUCUCAUUGUUUGCUUUUAUUGAAACCAAAAUGAUGUCAGGGUAGACUUCCUUCUAUAGAUUUACAUAGCACAUGGAUAGUAAUAAAUUCAAAACUUUAAAUAUGUUUGUACAUUGUGAUCUUUUCGAUCCCUUGUUGACCAUACAUUGCGAGACAAAGGAAUGUCACUAGCGAUAUCAUUUUCGAUGUUUGUACUUGUUUUACACAAUGCCCUUUUGUGUAUUUUGCCUACCUUGUGGCAU